AAUAGAAAGCACUAACUUAUAGUCAAGAGUUCAUCCUAAUGAUUUCUUGUUUAUAUAGUUCAUUAUGGCCAACUCUCUACCUUCUCCCUGUGACCUUCCAGAGAUCAGUAGAGCCAAUCAAGACCUCUCCAACAACUAUGAAUAUCUAGACCAUCCAGCUGAUAUUCAGAUCCAUGCCUGGGGAGCUGAUCUGAGCCAAGCUUAUGAGCAGGUGGCUGUGGGUAUGUUUGCAUAUAUGACAGACUUGGCCAUGGUGGAGGAGAAGGGAACAGAGACGGUGACUGUGGAAGGUCAUGAUCUAGAGUCAUUGCUCUACAACUUCCUGGAUGAGCUGUUGUUUGUGUUCUCAGCAGAGCCUUUCUUUGUGCCAAAGAGAGUAAAGAUCACAGAGUUCAACAAGGACACAUUCACCAUCACUGGUGUUGGGUAUGGGGAGACAUUUGACCUGACCAAACACACCCAGGGAACAGAAGUAAAGGCAAUCACGUAUUCUAAUCUUCAAGUUCAUGACACAGAAGAGAAACAUGAAGUCUAUGUCAUUGUGGACAUUUAAUGAUGGACACACGUUUUGUAAUUAAGUUGUGUUUUUAAUCCUUAAUGAAUACUUGGUAAAGGUCGUCUUAUCAACACAAA